UUAUUAAUAGCGUCAUGAAAUUUUUGCUGGAUAUUUUUAAAAUUAUUUUUGUUGGGAUCUCAUUGUUAUUUUUAAAAUUUUUUUGUCCUUUCUUUUUUCAAAUCUUUCUAUGCGCAGAAUUUUAUUUUCCCAAUUCUCUAUCAAUAAUUCUCUCAAUUUCCAGCCUCCUCACAUGACGUUCCUUCCCUUUCUUCCUUUAUUUACACAAUGGCUAACUGCCAAGAAUGGCCUUUAUUUAUAGAAAAAUACAUAAAAUAAGGCAUUAAAGCAGCAUUUAGUAAGCAGCUGCCAUUUAUUUUUAUUCAAAUUUUUAUGGGUUCUUAUUUUAAAUUGAAACCAUAACAGAAAUCCAUCGCUCUUAAUGAUCGUUAAUAAUUAUUUUAAUUUUUGCUGCUCAAUAAAGACGGCAAUCGGAGCCCAAAGGAUAAUGGGGGUUCUUUGUAGGGACAAAGGGUUCUUACAGUUAUGCCCUCUGCUUCAUGUAUGCCCUUUUGACCGUCGUAUUCCCGCUCGGACUGGUAUGCCCUCUGGGGCUGUUUUCUGCUUCCGCAGAUUUUUCCUCUUCUGUUUCCUGGAAUAUCGCUUUUCUACCCUUAGGCGUUACGCCUUCCACUUCUACUUUUUAAGGUGCGGGGGCAUACCUGGUAGUUAUCUCGUAUCGUUGUAGGCGAUAUUCCUUUAACUACGUAUCAUCUUGGCUUAUCCCCGAACAGUGCAUUUAAUGGACUUGUGUACUUAGGCUAAGAUUAAACUAAAAAAAGUGGUGUCGUUGGCCAUACGCUUACUCACGCUGUUGUCUGCGUUGUUGGCCAUACAUAAAAACACAUCUUUUGUUUCUCAUUCUGCCACUCCUUUUUUUCAACUUGCGGAUUUCUUCCGCUAAAGUUUAAAUCCGCUUAGGCUUUCAAAACACUUUUUGCUUUCCUUCUAUUUUUUAUUUUUCUCUUAUUUUUCUGCCAGCUGCAUUUCUAAUGCAGCUCUUUUCCUUUUUCUCAUUUGCCAAAUUUCAAAAGAAAAAUAAGGAGAGUUGACGCCAGUUGGCUAGCUUCCAAUAAAGUCUUUCUUCUCUAUG